UGCCCUGGAGGGGUGUCCAGCAGCGAGGGCCAGAGGAAGGCAGACCCACAAAGGCAGUGAGAGACACAGCAAAGACACAGGCAGAAAGAACCAGAAGGGCCCCAAAAGGGACAAGGACCCCAACACUCAUCCACAUAGCUGCAGAGGGCCCCUGGGAGAAGCUCUGCUGCUUGUCCGUCCCCAUGGGCCACCAUGGGUCAUGGCUGCACACUACUCUCCUCUGGGCUGCCGUGGCCAGCCUGCUCCUCCCCCCAGCCAUGACCCAGCAGCUGAGAGGGGCCGGGCCGGGCCCCAGCCACUGGCACAACAAUGCGGGAGUCGUGGGGCCCCCGGAGGACAUGGUAGGCAACUCUGGCCAUCCCAUCCACAGCCACAGAGGCCGUGGGGAUGAGAACAAGGAUGUUUCUACAGAGAAUGAACAUCAGUUCUGGAGCCACAGAGACCACAGAGAAGAGAAUGGAGAUGUCUCUGGGGAAUACAGCCACGGACCCCAAGACCACAGGUACCAAGACCAUGAGGUCAGAGACGAGAAUGUCCUCCAUGAGGAGGUCUUCACAGAGCAUGUUCGGGAGGCCCAUGGGCACGGAGGCCAUGACAAUGAACCUGUGGGUGACUCACAUGAGCACGGGCACCACUUCCCCAACCACAGAAGCCACAGCCAACAGGACAAGGACAAGGAUGAAGUUGUGUCCAGCGAGUAUCGCCAUCAUAUCAUCAGGCAUGGACGUGGAGGCCAGAGAAGAGACGACGAAGAUGAGGAAGAAGAGGUUGUCUCCACUGAGUAUGGACACCAGGCCCACAGGCAUGGAGGCCACAGGAAGGAAGAGGAUGAGGAUGUCUCAGAUGAACAUCCCCAUGAUGUCCCCAGCCAUGGACACCAAGGCCAUGAAGAAGAAGAAGAUGAUGAGGAUGUCUCCACAGAGUAUGGACAUAGGCCCCACAGGUACCAUGGCCACAGGAGGGAAGAGGAUGAAGACGUCUCAGAUGAAUAUCCUCAUCAUGUCCCCAGCCAUGGACACCAAGGCCAUGGAGGAGAAGAAGAUGAUGAGGAUGUCUCCACAGAGUAUGGACACCAGACCCACAGGUACCAUGGACACGGGAGGGAAGAGGGUGAAGACGUCUCAGAUGAACAUCCCCAUCAUGUCCCCAGCCAUGGACACCAAGGCCAUGGAGAAGAAGAAGAUGAUGAGGAUGUCUCCACAGAGUAUGGACACCAGCCCCACAGUUACCAUGGCCACGGGAGGGAAGAGGAUGAAGACGUCUCAGAUGAAUAUCCUCAUCAUGUCCCCAGCCACGGACACCGAAGCCACGAAGAAGAAGAAGAUGAUGAUGAUGAUGAUGAUGAUGAUGAUGAUGCUAUGUCCACUGAGUACGGACACCAUGCCCACAGGCACCUAGGCCAUGGGAAGGAAGAGGAUGAAGAUAUCUCAGAUGAAAACCAUCAUCAUAUCCCUGGCCACGGACACCAAGGCCACAGAGACAAAGAAGAUGAGGAUGAGGUUGUGUCCACUGAACAUUGGCACCAGAUUCCCAGACACACUCACGGCCUUGGAGAUGAGGAGGAGGAGGAGAUCUCAGCCAAGUUCAGCCACCACGUUGCAAGCUCCCAACCCCCAGGCACCAAGAACACUGAGGAGGAGGACUUCUCAGAUGAAUACAAGUCAGCAGUCCCUGACCGUCACCGCCACAGAGUCCCUGAGGAAGAGGACAUCUCUGACAGGCUUGGCCACCAAGCUCCCAGCCACAGGCAACAAGGCCACCAAGAUGAAGGUACUGGCCACAGAGGGUCCAGCAAAGAUGAGAUUAGCCACCAGCCCCCAGAACACAUGAGGGUCAAGGAUAGAAGCCAUUUGAGGGAGAGAGAUUCUGAGGAGGAAGAGGAGGAAGAGGACCAGGGCUCCCACGAGGAAGAUGAUGAAAGUUCGGAACGGGGAGAAGGUGGCACCCGCCAUGGCAGCCUGGACCACAAGGAUGAAGAAGAUGAGGAGGAAGGUCACGGCCUCAGUCUGAGCCAGGAGGAAGAGGAAGAAGAGGAGGAGAGUAGGGAAGAGAGGGCCCUACUGAACCAGGAGCACCGGGAGGGGGAAGAGGAGGAGGAGGGGCUGGAGGAAGAAGAGCUCCCCUUCACCAUCAUCCCUGACCCAAUGGCCAGGAGGGAGGUGCCUGGAGGUGGUUCCAGUGAGGAGCAGAGUGGCGAGGACACGGAUCUGCAGGGUGCCCAGGAGUACGGGAACUACCAGCCUGGGUCCCUGUGUGGCUACUGCUCUUUCUGCAAUAGAUGCACUGAAUGUGAGAACUGUCACUGCGAUGAGGAGAACAUGGGAGAGCACUGCGACCAGUGUCAGCACUGCCAGUUCUGCUACCUCUGCCCGCUGGUCUGCGAAACGAUCUGCACUCCAGGAAGCUACGUCGACUAUUUCUCCUCCUCCCUGUACCAAGCCCUGGCGGAUAUGCUGGAAACUCCGGAACCCUAACCCCCGGGGGCGCGGCUGCGGCGCAGACGCCCCUCCCUGGCCUUCCAACCCCUUUCCACGAGCCAUAUUUAUUGAAUUGAAUUAUGAAUAAACAUGCUCCCCCGAAA